GUAUCCGUCUCCACCUUCGCGCGGAUAUUUUUGAUGUCUUCGCCCAAUCAUUAAUAUUUUCAAAACCUCACGAAAUUCGGUAGGCAACGGUGGAAAAAGGAGAGAGAAAUAUCAGUCCCCCCGCCCCCGGAAAAGCUGGAACUGCACCCUUUGCAUGAGCCGCCCGGUUCUUCCUCACACAUUCGCUCGUCCAUGGCCACGGUGACAGAGCUUCACUUGUGCUCGGGAAGGUUCGAUCGCCAAUUCGUCAGUUUUAGAGGGAACCCACGAGUGUUCUUGCCGGGUUUUUUCCAUACGGGCUCGAAAUCGUUCGGGAAGCGGAGUAGGUUGUGCGUGCGGCAUCGGUGCCGGUCGUUCAGGAGCGAGGAAGAUGGAGACAGGGAGAGGGAUGGCGAGAAAUCGAGGGACGAUGAGGUGGAGGUGGAGGUGGAGAACGAGAGAGGUAGGGUUUUGGAGUCGACGAGGACUGUUUUCGUGGGUGUUUCUCAAUUGGGUUCGAAAUUGAAGGAUGAUUACAACAAAUCGGUGGCUGAGCUUGAGAAGAUACUUUCCGCUGCUGCUCUUCAAAUUGGAAGAUACAUCAUAACCAUGAUGAGCACUGGAGUGAUUCUUGCUGUUGGUUUCCAGAUGUCAGGUGGAGAUAGUCAACUGGAUACGUUGAUCUGGUAUAGCUGGCUUGGAGGGGUUAUAAUUGGAACAAUGAUUGGUGCUAACAUGGUGUUAGAUGAACAUUGUCGAGCUGGUCCGCGUAAUGUGGUCAUCACUGGAAGUACGAGAGGGCUGGGAAAGGCACUUGCUCGCGAAUUUCUUCUUUCUGGUGACCGUGUCAUCAUUGCUUCCAGAAGCCCUGAGUCUGUGGACAUGACAGUCAAAGAGCUCGAACAGAACUUAAUGGAAGUGAAACAGGCUGCGAGUGACUCAUCUAAGACAAGUUUGGCACACGCAAAAGUGGUGGGAAUACCAUGUGACGUUUGUAACCCUGAAAAUGUGCAGAAUUUGGCAAAUUUUGCCAUUAGUGAGCUUGGUUCUAUAGACAUUUGGAUAAACAAUGCUGGCAUAAACAAAGGAUUUAGACCAUUGCUGCAAUUCUCUGAUGAAGAUAUUCAACAGAUCGUAUCAACAAACCUAGUCGGCUCAAUACUUUGUACCCGAGAAGCCAUGCGCGUGAUGAAAAAUCAGGCUAAGGGGGGGCACGUAUUUAACAUGGAUGGGGCAGGAUCUGGCGGAUCAAGUACUCCUUUGACAGCUGUCUAUGGGUCAACAAAGUGUGGUCUGCGGCAACUUCAGUCAUCUCUCCUUAAGGAGUGCAAGCGGUCCAAGGUGGGAGUUCAUACCGCAUCUCCUGGAAUGGUUCUUACAGAUUUACUUCUGAGUGGCUCGACAACAAAGAACAAGCAAAUGUUCAACAUUAUUUGCGAGCUUCCUGAAACGGUUGCUAGAAGUCUAGUUCCUCGGAUGCGGGUUGUAAAAGGGACGGGCAAGGCGAUCAGUUAUUUAACCCCUCCUAGAAUCCUACUGGCCUUAAUCACUGCGUGGUUGCGACGAGGUCGCUGGUUCGAUGAUCAGGGGAGGGCAUUGUACGCCGCAGAGGCGGACCGACUUCGCAACUGGGCCGAAAAUCGCACGAGGUUUUCUUUCACCGACGCAAUGGAGAUGUACACUGAGAACACUUGGGUGUCGGUUUUUUCGCUCUCCGUUGUUUGCGCCUUCAUCAUUCUUUCCACCACAGGAACAGGCAGCUCAUUUCCAGGCACGUGAGGAGCUCUAACGAAGCAUUGCAGCAAGAAAGCCGGCAAAAGAACAGAAGUGAUCCCAAAAGGGCAGCAUAUGGAUUGUGCAUACAGCUGGUGUUAUUGUCUUCAAUCCAGCGUUCAUAUGCUUUCUGAAUGAUAUAUCUGGCUGCUUGCUCAUGAACUGUCGAACCUGUUCAGUUUUCUUGGAGCGAGGGCCCAGGUGUCUGACGACGCACAUGUUUCGAGAUCCCUCGACAGGUUCAACGGGCCCUAAGAUAGUUCUCUAUAGCCAGCCAUUGAAUUGUAGAAAUCUAAUUUUAGCGUUAUCUUUUACUUUUCCACAAUAUUCCUCUAAAUUUAUCAAUGAAAGAUUUUCGUUUAAGCUGUCA